ACAGUGUCAGGAAUACAAUAGUGCUCCGCGCCGCCUCAGCCGCCGCCGCCGCUGCCGCCGCCGCCCAACCGCCUGCCCAGGGCUGAGGCCUGACGGGCCAGGCGGGCGAGGGGCGAGGGCCGAGGGCACGAGCUGAGGAGAGGGGGGCGGCCCUGGCGGAUCAGGCGGCCGGGGCGGGAGGGCGGGGGUGAGGAGGGGAUUAGGGGGCAGGUGCGAGGGAGGGAAAAGAAGAAAGCAGGCGGUCAGGGGGGCGGUUACCACCCCUGCCCGACUAGCCCAGCACAUUGCAGGGGGCCCCCGUGUGGAGCCGGGAAGGAUCCGCGAUUUAGCUGCGUGAAGGAUGCUUCAGGAUGAAACGCCAUAAGACUCUCACCAGCAGUGACAGUUCAGACGAGUGUCCUUCUACUUCCUUUACUCCUGGCCCAAUGUAUAGGAGCAAGUCAAAAAAUCCAAAAGAACACAAGAAACCUGCUGAGGUAUUCCGGAAGGACCUCAUCAGUGCCAUGAAAAUUCCAGAUUCUCAUCACGUCAAUCCUGACAGCUAUUAUCUCUUUUCGGACACGUGGAAAGAAGAAUGGGAAAAGGGAGUCCAGGUACCAGCCAGUCCAGACAGUAUUCCACAGCCUUCUGUCAGGGUUAUAUCUGAGAAAGCAAAAGAGGUUCUCUUUGUUCGACCCCGAAAGUACAUCCGUUGCUCCAGCCCAGAGACUACAGAGCCUGGCUACAUCAACAUUCUGGAGUUGGCAGCAUCUACAUGCCGCUAUGACCUAGAUGACAUGGACAUCUUCUGGCUUCAGGAACUCAAUGAAGACCUCGUAGAAAUGGGUUAUGGGCCAGUUGAUGAGACCCUUAUGGAAAAGACAGUAGAAGUCCUGGAACGCCAUUGCCAUGAAAAUAUGAACCAUGCUAUUGAGACAGAGGAAGGGCUAGGCAUAGAGUAUGAUGAAGAUGUGAUCUGUGAUGUGUGCCGGUCUCCAGACAGUGAAGAAGGGAAUGAUAUGGUAUUCUGUGAUAAGUGUAACAUCUGUGUGCAUCAGGCCUGCUAUGGCAUCCUCAAGGUCCCAGAAGGCAGCUGGCUGUGUCGCUCCUGUGUCCUGGGCAUUCAUCCACAGUGUCUUCUAUGUCCAAAGAAAGGUGGAGCCAUGAAGACCACCAGAACAGGGACUAAAUGGGCUCAUGUCAGCUGUGCCCUGUGGAUUCCAGAGGUCAGCAUUGCUUGUCCUGAGAGGAUGGAACCAAUCACAAAAAUCUCCCACAUCCCACCCAGCCGGUGGGCCUUAGUUUGCAAUCUGUGCAAAGUGAAGAUAGGAGCUUGUAUUCAGUGCUCCGUGAAAAGCUGCAUCACUGCCUUCCAUGUCACCUGUGCCUUUGAGCACGGCCUAGAGAUGAAGACCAUCCUAGAUGAGGGGGACGAAGUUAAGUUCAAGUCAUACUGCCUCAAGCAUAGCCAAAACAGGCAGAAACUUGGGGAAGUCGAGUACCCCUACCACAGAGCUGCUGAGCAGAGCCAGGCCAAAAGUGAGAAAACCAGCCUGCGGGCACAGAAGCUUCGGGCGCUGGAAGAGGAGUUCUAUACUUUGGUACAAGUGGAAGAUGUGGCUGCCGAGCUUGGGAUGCCCAUAUUAACCGUGGACUUUAUCUAUAACUACUGGAAACUGAAACGCAAAAGCAACUUCAAUAAGCCAUUAUUUCCUCCGAAAGAAGAAGAAGAAAAUGGCCUAGUACAGCCAAAAGAGGAAAGCAUUCACACUCGCAUGAGAAUGUUCAUGCACCUGCGGCAGGACCUAGAGAGGGUCCGAAAUCUGUGCUACAUGAUAAGCAGGCGAGAGAAGCUGAAACUGUCACACAACAAAAUACAAGAACAGAUCUUCGGUUUGCAAGUCCAGCUUGUUAACCAAGAAAUUGCUGCAGGACUUCCUUUGACAAAUGCACUAGAAAACUCAUUGUUUUACCCACCACCAAGAAUUACCUUAAAGUUAAAAAUGCCCAGAUCAACCCUGGAAGACUGCAAAAACAGCUCCACAGAGGCUGAUCACCGACCCUGCUCUCCUGGCAGUGGCUCCCCCGUUCACAGUAAAAAUAGCAUGCAGGUGCCUCAGGAGCCACUAGAAAUGAAAGUGAAAUCCUAUCCAAGACAUCCACUAGAGAGCAAGAGUAACUGUUUGCUGGCCAGUCUCAGCCAUUCUCGGAGUGAAGCAAAAGAUUCCAGUCCUGCUUGGAGAGCUCCCUCUGCAGAGUUCUAUCAUGGGCAGUCACUGGGGAAACCUCUGGCCCUUCAGGCAGCCCUUCAUGAACAGUCUUCAGUUGGGAAUGGGAAAAGUCAGACUAACUCUAAGUUUGCCAAAUCCAAUGGUGUAGAGGGUGGCAAGUCUGGGAAUGUCACCCAAAAAGAUAGCUCAAGUGAGGAGUCCAUGCUUAGCUCCCACUUGGCCAGUCAGGGUAGCAUUAGAAAGUCCACUAUGGAACACUUUGGCAGGUCCUUUAAAGAGGCCACCAAUAGAUGGGUGAGGACCACUGAAGAUCUCCAAUGUUGUGUGAAGCCAACCAAGAAUGUGAGCCCAAAGGAGCAGUUUUGGGGUAGGCAGCUUCUCAGGCGAUCUGCAGGGAGAGCUUCAUAUCAGGAAAAUGAUGGAUAUUGCCCAGAUCUAGAGCUUAGUGAUUCUGAAGCAGAAAGUGAUGGAAAUAAAGAAAAGGCCAGGGUAAGAAGAGAUAGUUCAGACAGGGAAAAUCCUCCCCAUGAUUCUAGACGGGAUAGCCAUGGUAAAAGCAAGGCACAUCCUCUCUCCCAUAGUUCAAUGCAAAGGUGAUGAGAAACUAUCAAAUUUAACCCAAACAUUGCCUUUGCCCCAUAUUUGGGGGGAAAUCCAUACACCAAAAGGGUUCUAGCAUAAUAUUAGGAGGAAUUGCAGGGAAAAUUUAAGAAUUUUUUCCACAACAAAUUGACUUGCAGUUUUGGAAAAGGUUUCAACUCUAGUUUAUACAAGCACAUUACAAGAAUUUCAGGUUGUCCAGAGGUUUGUUUGUCAGAAGCUAUUGGGAACAGUGGGUCCAGAGUAUUUGCUCAGUAAAUACUUGAGGGCAGCUUUCCAGAUACAUUAACAUGUUGAUGAGUCUAUAUACUAAGUCUUUGCAUUGUUAAUGGAUUUUCAAGAGACCAUGAUUAUCAGACACUAAAACUACUUAUCUUUCCAAACUACAGCAUGUGAGUUUCAGAGCUCCUGCCUGUAGAAAGUUUCUAACUCUGCUAAUGUCUCUAAACCCUCUUCAGGGGAGAGACCAGGAAACCAACAUUCUCAGAUACUGUCAGACUCACUACCCUCUUCCUUUGCUUUGUGCAAGGUUGAGUUCUUUUCACAGUAUCAUAACUUACUGAGUCGAUUCUCCUAAUGCUUACAAAUGUCCAGUGCCUGUUCCUAGACGUGCUUGUUGGGGACGCACUUAUAACUCUCUUCACCCAGCUAACAAGCAUAAAAAAACCUAACUUGUGGAUAGUGUUUACAAAAGUACAGAAGUACUACUUCCAAGAAAAAAAUGCUCUGAUUCUCUCUGUUUAGGCAUUUGUGAAGGAUCCCAGAGCCUUUCCCAAAGUGAGACCAUUUCUGGGAUAUUUGUACCAGGUCAGGGUUUUGUGUUGUUUUCAAAUAAGUUUGACUAAAAUAAGUUUGGCUGACAGUUUUUGUAUACCUGCUUUAAUGUUUAUAAAAAUUUUUAUUGAGGUAUAAUUAAAAUAUAAUAAAAUGCACAGAGGUUAAGUAUUCUUACCUGCUUUAAUUUUGAAACAGAUUUUUAUUGUCAACAGAAUUUGAAAGCAUGUGUUUAACACAUGGAUAUAAUUUAGCUUUGUAUCAAUUUUGAAUCCAAGACAAUUUUCCAAACAAAAAGGCUGGAGUUGUUUUUUCAGAAGUUGCUUCUACCCUGUUCCCAAACUCAGCCUUGAUUAAUUUCUGGAGGAAGAGAAUAGUUACAUUUUGGGAGGAGGGGAUAAAACAUGUCUGCUUCCCAUUUAAGAAAGGGGGAAGAUGCCAUUUUUAAAAUGUGAAGCAGACUAAUUCUCAGCUCUCUUUUCUUCUUAGCCUUAAAUUGAUAUUCUCUUUCUUCUAGUUUGGGAAAGUAUAGUGGGAAGUUUCAGACAAAAGUGGCCAUUUUCAAUUUUUAAAGUUUCUUACUGGUGAAACAGUCCAGCUGCAGUAGGUGCCAGUCAGUGGAGGCAGGGGCCCUCUCUCCAUCAAUAUGGAAGACUCAGCAGUUUUCCUUUCCCCCACUUUUGUUCUUAAAGCCUUGUUAAUUGGUUCCUCUGCCUUUUGUUUUCGCUUUUUCUGAAAACUUCUGUAUUUUGCCUCUCCUUUGCCUACAUCUUCUAAAUGUUUCUUUUGUGCCUAUGUACAUGUGUGAACAUGCCAUAACAUAUGUGGUAGGUGUCCUAUAUUUUGUUUGAAUGGAAAAAUGAGGAAGAGAAUUUCCCUUAUUCAUGCACUGGGCUUCUGUGCUUUUUCUUUGAGUUCUCCUGGGGUAGACAUUAAUUUGACACUUUCAUGGUAACAAAAUUAUAAUAGAGCUGUGUUGUAAACUCCUUAUGUUAGAGGCCUGUGUCCUUUCCUUCCUUUCCAUUCUGAGUGAGUGGAAGGAAAAGCAAACAUCAAAAUAGUGCUUCAGCCAAAUUCCAUAUGUAAUGCCAUAGGGAGAGUAUGGAGUAAAAUAUCAUUCCAGUCAGGGAAAUAAUAAUGGUAAUAUUUUUACAGGAUUUUCCUAGGUAAAUGAAGGAGCCUUCAGUUGUAUACAUUUCAAUUGCCCCAAAAUGCAUUUGCUACAUUUUGUUGUUGUUUCAAGUAUUACCUCUUAACCUUUGUUAAUUUUUUCAUUUUGUCUUAUAUAGUCCAGUUUUCAAGAUAAACUCAGUCUUUUUUCAAAUGUCACCUUUUUACCAAUACUUUUUCAUUAAAUUAUGAAAACUGUUA